AUGUUGAACGAAGAGUUGCACAGAAUCUGGAGCGACGCGAACCCAGCGGCUACGCCUCUGAGCGAACCAGAUAUCAAAGCAGCUUGCUCGACGGGAACGACCUUCGAAGGAUCCUUGCUCAGGCAAAGAAGUUCGAGUAUCGUUCCCUUUGCAGCAAUCUUACGCAGCGCCGACUCAGAGAAGAAUCUGGAGCCCACGGUGAAGUGUGACUUGGGGAGCGAAAUCGGGGUACACUCGGCGGAGGUUUCUUCUCCAAUCCAGUCUGAUGCCGGUCUGGUCGAAUGGGACGGCAAGCAUGACCCACAGAAUCCCAAAAACUUCAGCACUCGGAUAAAAGUCGCCAUAGGCCUCGUCAUAGGCCUCAUGAAUUUUGUGGUGUCGUUCGCAAUCAGCGUCUUCUCCGGAGCAACAGGACCGCUUGGCCACGACGACGACCCGCUUUCCGGCAACGCUGCGGAUCUUGGGGUCUCACUGUUCAUACUUGGUCUUGCAUUUGGUAAUGCUCAAGAUCGGACUCUCGUGCUUGGGUAGUGGCUGACUGGCAGCAGGUCCGGCAUUGUUUGGGCCGGCAUCCGAGUUUUACGGUCGCAAGACGCCGCUCGUCUUUGGCAUGAUUGGCUUCAUGGGAGCAACGAUCUCGGUCACAACGUCCAAGUACUUUGAAGCGGUCUUGAUAUGCAGGUUCCUGUCAGGUUUCUGUGGUAGCGCGGCUUAUGUCAUUGUAAGUCUAGAAGGUGACAUCCAUUGAGAGUAGAAGCUAAUGACAGACGACAUGCAGCCACCGGGAAUGUUUGUCGAUCUCUUUGGUCCAGUCGGAAGAGCUAUGGGAUACUCCAUGUUCGCCACAGGAGCGUUCAUCGGAGGGUCGCUAGGCCCUGCGAUAGGCGUGACGCUCGUCUCAGAAUACAAUCUGACCUGGCGGUGGAGUAUGUGGCUGUGCGUAUUGAUCGCGCUGCCCUUGACCGUGACAAUGCUGGUGCUGCCGGAGACGUUGGAAAAGUUCAUACUGCAGGAGAAAUGCAGACGUCUUCGGAACGCGACUGGAGACUGGUCACUCCACUGCUUCAGAGAUGAGACCCCGGCGGGACUCCAGAAGUAUUUGAUGAAACCCUGGCAGAUGCUCAUACGCGAGCCGGUCUUGAUCGUGGUGACACUGGCAUUCACUCUGGAUUACGGGAUACAAAGUCUGACAUACUCUGCUGUGCCGAAAGCGUACGAGUUUCCGCGUCAUUGGGGCCGAGGUCAUUCUGCAUGGAUGCUGGUCGUUACCAUCCCUGGAUUCGUCGUCGGCUGUAUUGUAGUGUUGGUGGAUACGAAAAUACGUUUCCAGAAACGCUUGGUGGCCGGUAAAGCAAUAGAGCCAGAGAGCCGCCUUCCCGCAAUGGUUAGUUCAUUAGCCCUGCCAUCGUGCUGUUCAGAUGCUGAUGCACUCAGAUCGCUGGAAUGAUUAUCUUGUCCCUCGGCCUACUCUAUUUUGCCUGGAAGACGUCCUCGAGUACCCAUUGGUCCGACCCAGCUACGGCUGAAGUACUCAUUGGGACGGGCAUGUACUUGGUCUGGGUGACGGCCACAGUCUACAUACAAGACCUGUACGUCGAGCAUGCAAAUAGCGCACUGGCGGCCUGCGCCUUUGUCCGGUAUGCUGCUGGCGCGGCCUUGUCGACUUUCUCGGCUCCGAUGUACGAGAAGUUGGGUGUUCAUUGGGUAAGUCCAGUAUUUGUCAUGGUCAAUAGCUCUUCAUUCUGACGGACCGAUAGAUGAUUGGGAGUCUCGGAGUUCUCUGUGCUGUUCUUGUACCUUUGCACAUCCUAUUCUACUUCUGCGGCAAGAGAGUUAGGGGUUGGAGCAAGUUCGCACUCCAGAGUCGUGUACACCUCGAGGUCGAGAGUCAUGUACAGCUGGAGGACGAGUGA